CGCCUUCUAUAGUUCUAUCUUCUUGCCAAUAGAGUAUUCGAAAAAAAGCAGAGAGAAACUAACAGACUCCUUUAUUAAUGCGUCUAGUGGUCAGCGCGACCAGUCAAGGCAUGGCAGCGCACCUGUGCCUGGAGGAGGCGGAGGUGGUGCGGCUGGUGCUGGAGUUCCUGUCCAACCGGGAGCUGAGCAUCACGCAACUGGCCAUGGAGCGGGAGUCCGGGGUGAUCAACGGGGCCUACUCGGAUGACCUGCUCUUCCUGCGCCAGCUGAUCCUGGACGGCCAGUGGGACGACGCCCUCGACUUUGUCCAGCCCCUCGAGGACGUUGAGGCCUUCGACAGCAAGAGCUUCAAGUUUUCCUUGCUGAAGCACAAGUUCCUGGAGCUGUUGUGCAUCCGGUCGGAAGCAGGGCUGCUCCAGAGCAGCGACUUAGGAGUGGAUGACAUGGUGGCCUGCCUCAAUGCCCUGGAGCAGUGCAGCCCCUCACGGGAGCAGUACAACGAGCUCUGCCUGCUCCUCACCUUCCCCCGCCUGUGCGACCACCUCGACUACAAGCACUGGAACCCUAGCAACGCCCGUGUCAACUGCUUCAAGGAGAUCUGCCCAUUGGUGGAGAAGCUGCUCCCAUCUCUGGCCAAGUCCCCGGCCUCUCAGCGGUGCUCGUCGGGGGACCGUCUUGUUCAGCUCCUCAUUAAGGGCAUCCUGUACGAGUCAUGCGUCAACCUCUGCCAGAGGAAAGCCACUUCCCCUCCGACCACACACGAGGAGCCCACGUUCACGGAGCUCCUGGGCAGUUCCGACGCGGACCUCAGCCUGUUCUCUUGGCUUGAGUGCCUCCCGCCGGAAGUGUUCUCCUACCCGUUUGAGCAGAAGGUCCUCAACGUGGACAUCCAGCAGCUCGUCAAGCCUUUCCUUGAGGCCUCGUGGACGGAGCAGAUCCUUGCCACUCCCAUAAAACCAAGGGUGUUCCCGCACUCUGCCGUCCCAAGGACUCCCAUGAGCCGGUCACUCAUCAUGGCGAGCAUGGACGGCGGCCUCUUUGCGGCUGGGACCUCCGGUCACCCAGGGGCCAAGAUGGCCAUGUCCAUGGCCGACCUCUCGACCUCCAUGUCGAGGUCGUUUGGCGGUUUCCACCUGACAGGGAAGAAGCUCAUGAACACGUCGGUGGACCGGCUGUUCGAGGCCGGCGACGUCUUUAGCACGAGCUGCGUGGACAUCAGGACGGGCACCCUCCCGGGGCUGCUGAAGGAAGAGGAGGAAGAGGGUACGGAGAACGGAGACAAGAGCAGUCUCGUGGAAGGCGACAAGUCCGAGUUCUGGAAGGAGUUUCAACGGCUGAAGCGGAACGUGCACCACAACUCAGAUGCCGCGGUGGGAACCGCGAGCGUUGGGGACGUGAGCAGCACACCGUCCUCCGCCGCCGCUCCAGCCGUGGCUAAACCGCUACAAACAGCUACAAAGGCAGAAACCACUUCAGCAAGGACGACGCCGGUGAAUGCGACUUUUGUGCCCGUGGCUGCGGCUGGGGCAGUGGCUCCCGCUACUGUUACCCCGCAGCCUGUUCCUGCCGCGCCGAAAAGUGGGGGAGGGACCGUUACCUUUAAGACUAGUACCCCACGGACACAGAGGACAGUACCGUCUCAUGUGAUGACAGUGACGGUGGACGGUUUGGCCAGGAAGCUUGACGAUGAAUUUCGCCACGUAGAUAGCUGCCAUGACCCAAGCGAUUCCAGUGUUCACUCUGAAUCUCUCGGCUCACUGCGACAUUCUCUUCCUCAGCCUUCAUCCGCAAACUCUGCCAGGGUCCUCAUCAACACUUAUUCUGCAAACCAUGGCAGCGCCAACCACCAGCCUCCCCACCGGAGUCCCUCGGGUCAUGCGGACGAGCUGGAUUCCAAGAGGCCCAAGUUUGUCCCGGUCACCAACAUGGAGGACGUCCAGGUGGUCCGGGCAGCGGACUUCCAUCCCAGCGGCCAGUUCUAUGCCGUGGGCUCCAACUCCAAGACUCUGCGCAUCUGUGGUUACCCUACAAUCACAGAUCUCAGGGAGGGUGACGUGGCGCACCAGCCGGCUGUGUUGUUCAAGCGGCUGAAGCACCACAAGGGCUCCAUCUACUGCCUGGCCUGGAACCAGACCGGAGACCUGCUGGCCACGGGCUCCAACGACAAGACCGUCAAGCUCAUGCGCUUCAAGUCGGACACCUGCGCCCUUGACACCGGGGGUGAGGCGGAACUUACGAUGCAUGAUGGCACCAUCCGGGACCUGUGUUUUGUGGAAGACCUGAGCAACCAUUCCAGCCUCCUGAUAAGUGGUGGCGCAGGAGACUGCAAGAUCUAUGUGACCGACUGCGAGACAGCCACACCGUUCCAGGCGCUGUCCGGUCACUCUGGCCACAUCCUGACCCUGUACACCUGGGGUGGGGCCAUGUUUGUCAGCGGGUCCCAGGACCGUACCAUCCGCUUCUGGGACCUGCGCACCCGCGGUUGCGUCAACCUCGUCACGGCGCCGCCCGCAUCCGGCAGCGGCCCAGGGAGCCCGGUGGCCGCGGUGGCGGUGGACCCGUCGGGGCGCAUGCUGGUCUCCGGCCACGAGGAUGCCACGUGCAUGCUGUACGACAUCCGCGGGGGCCGCAACAUCCAGUGCUUCCGGCCGCACGCCUCGGACAUUCGCUCGGUGCGCUUCUCGCCCCGGGCCUACUACCUGCUCACGGGCUCAUACGACCGCAAGUGCAUCCUCACCGAUCUCCAGGGGGACUUGACCCAGCCUCUUCCCAGCGUUGUGGUGGCCGAGCACACCGACAAAGUGAUCCAGGCACGCUGGCACCCCAGCGACUUCUCCUUCGUCAGCACCAGCGCCGACAAGACCGCCGUCCUCUGGGCUCUGCCCGUCAACUGACGAUGCCGGGCACUGCGCACGACCAACCCUGUGAUAACUCGCCUAACCCUCUUACACCUCCUGCCCUCUUCCCCACGCCAGGACAGUGCUUCCUUUUUUAGCCAGGGUGACACCACGUUCACCUGUUUCUGUUUGAUCCCUCUGUUUCAUACUAGACAUGGCUUCAUUGCCGUAGACUGUUAUUUAAUAGGAGUUAAGGAUGAUUAUGUUGACAGACAGUGCAGCGCCGAAAGAACCAGACGCGGAGACAAAUGGGGCAGUGCGUCUUCUUACGUCCUUGGUCGUCUGUUUGCAUAGUUCUCUCCGUACAGUCUAUUUAGCUUUGUCAUCUGUCUUCGUUUUUUUUUUUAACUCUUAAUGCAUACAACUUAUAGCCUAGAGCCUCCUUUUACCGAAGAAGAUAGUCACGGUAGUCACUGGUAUAGUACUUUGUGUGCUGAUGUUGUUUUCUUUUAUCUAACUCUUCUAUUUGAGAAAAAAAGGCCCCUGUGCAAUCGCAUUGUUUUUGUGUUUUCUGUAGGCUCUGUUUAGCAUUGAUUCUUACCCGACGUCUUUUUUCUACUUAGGAUUUUAAUCUGAUUUUAUAUUUUAGUUUUGAAUUCUUUAUUCUCUUUGAUUUUAUUGGCCACGAGAGCAUCAGGGUUCUGAAGAUCAAGCUUGUGCAUUUACGAGGCAAUCGGACGGAUCUCGCUGUUCCAGGCUUUGUAGUUGUGUGCCGUGGUAUACCUAUGCAGGUGAUGCGAUUGUAAUUGGAUUGUGUUGUGACCAACCGUUGAUACCUCCAACGACCAGGUCCUGCCCGCUGCCUGUUGUUGUGUAUCUGAAAGCUUCGAGCGUUUGUUCCACAAAGGUGCCAAGAGGUGUCACUACAGCUGUUAUGAGACGUCUCUUCAUAACGCUGAUGGGAGUCUCGCUAUGUGUGUUUUGUUGCUUUAGAAUUUUUUUUAUAGUCACGUAGAGCACAAGGUUGAAUCUCUUGUAUCGGCGUAGGAGCAUUUGCAAUUGAAGAUCGCUUUUGCAUGCGGCGUUAAAAGCCUCGUCCUUAUUUAAUCAUGUCAUUAAGAGCUCUUAAUAAAGGUCACAGCGUAAGCCAGGUCUUGAGCUGAAAGCAGGACAAAUGUAUUAUACGUAAAACAAGGCAUUUCCUGCUCAAGGAAAGGGACUCAGAAGUUUGACAGGUGCAAGUGUCAAAAGAUUAAUUUUUGCUGCACAUCUGGCUGCAAUGUUUGUUCACUGUACAUAAUGUUUUUAUUUGCACAUCACAGUAAUUUAGUUGUAUAAAUAUUUUGCAUACCAACAUGAAGCUUGUAUGACAUGCUGGUGUCACUUGUAUAGCUUGUAAUGAAGUCAGCAUAAUAAAUUUGGUGUUCUCAAAUUACA